GCAUAUACAGAGAGAGAGAUCCACGGUUAGCACCUGAGGAAGGCGCCACAGCUAGGUAGGGCCUAUAUUCUUCCCGCCAAAUGCGAAGAGAAAAGCUAUGGCCGUUAAAUUCAAACUCACCAAGUCCACACUCUGCUUAUCUUCACAAUCUCUCGAAAAAUUCAUCAAAACCCAGAAAAACCUCUCCAAACCCCCACCUACACUCUGGUCAGAUCGCCACGACGAUGAAAUCACAACACUCACUGACCCAUACAAUCUCGGAGUGCGCAUGUUAACGCUGAACCACCCCGUCCUGCGCACUUUAGAAUCCUCCAGUGUUUCCUUGAAACAAUUCAACCAAAUCCACACCCAACUCAUCGUCUCCAACCUCUUUCAACACCCUCUUGCCUCGAGCCGUGUGGUGAAGAAACUCUGUUCUUCGCCAUCGACGGUUUCUCAUGCGAUUGCUCUGUUUGAUCGAUUGGAAGAGCCUGAUGCAUUCGUAUGUAACACCAUUGUUAGAAGUUUGGUGAAUUCGAGUGACCCACAUGGGGCUUUCGCUUUCUAUUGUCAUCAAAUGGUUGGGAGAUUUGUCUUGCCGAACCAUUACACAUUUCCGAUUUUGGCCAAGGUUUGUGCGGAGAUUGGGUCGGUUCGAGAAGGGGAAAAGAUUCAUGCGCGGAUUGUGAAAUUUGGGUUUGAGUUGGAUUUGUUUGUUCGGAAUGCGUUGAUUCAUAUGUACUCUGUGUUUGGAAGAAUUAGUGAUGCACGGAAGGUGUUUGAUUUGAGUUCCGAGUCGGAUUUGGUGACUUGGAAUUCGAUGAUUGAUGGGUAUGUGAAGAACGGGGAAGUGGGUGUUGCACGUGGGGUUUUUGAUGAAAUGCCUGAGAGAGAUGCUUUUAGUUGGAAUUCUAUGAUUGCGGGUUAUGUGGCAGUUGGGGAUAUGGGGGAGGCAAAAGAGUUGUUUGAGAAGAUGCCUUUUAGAGAUGUUGUCUCUUGGAAUUCUUUGAUUGAUGGGUAUGCUAGGAUUGGAAAUUUUUCAGCUGCUCGACAGUAUUUUGAUCAGAUGCCCUUUAGAAAUGUAGUUUCUUGGAAUACCAUGUUGGCUCUUUAUGCGCGGUCCAAGGAUUACAGUAAGUGUUUGAGGUUGUUUGAUAGGAUGAUGGAAGGAGGAGAUGCUAAGCUGAAUGAGGCUACUCUUGUUAGUGUCCUGACUGCUUGUGCACACUUAGGGAGGCUUGACAGAGGUAAAUGGGUUCAUAAUUACAUUAAAAACAAUAGGAAGAUUGAACCUGAUGUGUUACUUUCAACUGCUCUCUUGACAAUGUAUGCAAAAUGUGGGGUUAUGGAUUUGGCCAGAGAUGUCUUCGAUGAUAUGCCCAACAAAAAUGUUGUGUCAUGGAAUUCUAUGAUUAUGGGCUACGGGAUGCUUGGGCAUGGAGAGAAGGCUCUUGAAAUGUUCAUGGAGAUGGAGAAGAGAGGACUCAUGCCAAAUGAUGCCACUUUUAUUUGCAUUUUAAGUGUGUGCGCUCAUGCAGGAAUGGUUUUAGAGGGUUGGUGGUACUUUGACUUGAUGUGUCGUGUUUACAUGAUUGAGCCGAAGGUUGAGCACUAUGGUUGCAUGGUUGAUCUUCUUGGCCGGGCUGGUUUGAUGAAGGAUUCUGAAGAGCUUAUCAAGAAGAUGCCCAUGGACGCUGGACCUGCUCUAUGGGGAGCUUUACUUUCGGCUUGUAGGAGCCACUCAAAUCUUGAGCUUGGAGAGAUCGUGGCCAAGCGGCUAAUCGAGUUGAAACCGGGGGAUAUUGGUCCAUAUGUGUUGUUAUCAAACAUAUAUGCCGCAGAAGGAAGAUGGGAUGAAGUAGAAAAUGUGAGAAAGAUGAUGACGAACAGGGGCUUACAAAAGGUGGUUGGGUCUAGCUUGAUUGAGUUAGGAGAUUUCCGUGGUGAAUUUUGUCAGGGAAGUGAUUCAGACCAUAAGAGGAGCAUGUUGUACUCAAUGUUGAGUGAGAUGGGUGCUCAAAUGAAAUUGUUAUGAUGGGUUAGAGAAAGUUUGAUAUUAGCAAGUCCUAGACUCUUGGAAAAAGUUGAUUAAGACUGGUUAUUUAAGUUAAAAUUUUCAGAUAGUGAGUAUUGGAGAGAAAAUUCUAGCAGGUUGAUGACUUUGAAUAAAUGGCCUGUCAAGGUGGAAAAAAAUAUAGUUUCAAGGCAGUGAAAGAAUACUCUAUAUGGCAAUCAUGGUUGGUUUGAUUAUUGGAUUCAUGAAAACAAGGCAAUCUUGGCUGUUGUCGGAAAUAACUUGUUGGCAUAUCUUUCUUCAAUUCUUGAAAACUCCAGGAGACUCUCAAGGAUAUUUGUCAUGUUGUAGAUUCUUACUCUUGUGUUCAUGAAAAUCAUGAUUACUAUAUAUAAAGGAUUUUUUUUCUCCUUUUUUUUUUUAAAAAAAAAAGAAAAAAAGAAAAAAGAAACCUCUAUUAAGUAUGUCUUCAUGUGUAUCUACAUUUACAUGUUGCUGGAACAUCCCAAACUUGACUGUGUCUGUUGGAAACUUGAACUCAAAGAUUUUAAUCAAACAAAAUCCUCGACAUACAGCGAUUGAUGUGUUGAGUCCUCAGGUUUAGUUAGUACUUUGGUAAGGUCCAACAUACUUUAGCCAUGAAUUAAUAAUUUGAAUGUGCAACAGUUCAACUGAUUUCUUUUAGAUCUAUCAAGGUUUCACAAUACUGGUGAGGGGCCUAAGAGAUGGACAUGAAUCGGUUUCCAUCAAUAUCUAUCACUCAUUCUAACUAAAUAUUUUGAACAAAAAAAGAAACAGUUUUAGUUUAGUAUAGCUUGUUACAUGUUUUUUUUUUAAUUAUAAAUUAAAAUUCAAAAGUAUUAAAUAAGACUAGUCAUGUUUUUGAUGGAAUAAAUGUAUGACACACACACACACA